CAAUUUUAUUUUUUUAGAUGGAAGCCGUACGUCGGAUGAAAAGAAUGAAUACAGAAAUCAUUUGUUUUCCGUUCUGAGGAAGGUCAGUGGCGUGUCAGAUAACUUAUUUUUGAAAACGUCCCCAGCUUGUACCUCAAAAGUCGUUUGGAACAUAUGUUUGUAUGAAGUUUUCUUCGCAAAAUAGACUGAAAUAUCGUCCCUUCAAAUAUUGACAUCCAUUUAGGAGAGAUGUAACAAAGAGAUGGUUAUCUCAUUCUAGUGGAUCAAACUAAAAUAUAUAUCUUCGGGAGUGCUCAUUCCCUUAAAAUUUCUCAAACGAUAUUAUUAUAUUAAUAGUAAUAAUGACAUUUACCCAACAAGAGGCAAAGUUGUUUAAAAAUUGGCAAAUAGAUAUGGAAAAAUUUAGGAUGUUAUCUUACUAACAUUCAAUCAUAUGUGUAUAACAGUUAUAGUCAAUUCUGAAAAGUAUUUAUAUAAUUUGAAUUUUGUAGUUUCAGUUUUCUAUAUAACUAUGUACUCGUAUAGUCAUUUGCUGCACAGUACAAACCCAGUCCUUUAAUCUUCGUCAUUACAUAACUCAGCUGCCAAGAAUUUAAAUCAUUAUUUACACAAUGAUUUGUGUGGUCUUUGCUCGUGUUUAUGAGAAUUUUGUUCACUACAAUGGAAAAAACAAUGGAACUACUUAGCUUAUCUACUAACAGUCUUUGUUUUGUUGUAUCACUUGAUGUAUGAAAAAUCAUGAUGAGUAGUAUAUCAGAAGCAAUUGUGGGCAAGCAUUGCAAACUCUGUGAAUGCACUCUGAGUAGUUUGUUUAUCGAUAAAAAUAAAUACCAUGAGUUCGUGGAUAAGCUCCCUAAGGAACUCAAACUGGAAAAGCUGGGCGAAGCUGAAUUUGUGGAAAAAAUACUGAACCUACUAGAUUUUGACUUGCUUGAAGUUAAUAAAAAACCUUAUGGAAAAAUAUACCAUAUCGAAGCGGAAGGGGUAAAGAAACCAGUUGUUUAUGAUCUGCUCUGUGAAAUAUUUCGCCAUUUAGAUCCUCAAUCUAGAGCGAAGUCAUUCCAUGAAAUCAUUGAUGAUUACUAUAACAAGGUGUUGUCAGGACAUGGUGUAACAGAAGAUGAAUUCAAGUUGCAAGUGAAGUUGUUUUUACCAUACGCAAAGCUGGAGAGGUUCUAUCAGUGUAAAGCUGACGAUAUUCUGGAAGCUGCACUGGAACUUGAAGAAUGCUUAUUAUGUCCAAAAAUAUUGAGAGAAGAUUGCUACGCUGCUCUCAAAAACAUUUACAAAUCAAGUGAACCAAGACUAAUUCACUUAGAUGUGGUACAAGCUCCAGGCCUUCCCGGAAAUUUGGGAACUUACUUCAAGCUCAAGCUAACCGUAAAAAAUGAUGGAAAAACAAAUAUUCAUCACUUAUUUGCAAAACUCGUCGAUGCAAAUGCAUUGGGUUAUCCUGGUUUCUACCAAAUUCCUUUCAAAAAGGAACGAGUAUUUUUUGAAAAGAUCAUGAAACAAGUCGAGGAACUUGGCUUGGAGAAGCUUGCAGAAUUCUGUCCAAAGUGUUACUUAGUCAGCAAUGAGAUGUUGUUGCUCGAUGACUUGUCAGUAGAAGGGUAUGAAUCCUGCGACUUCCACAUACCAGUAUCGUAUAAAUGGCUGUUUGCAGCGGUCAAAGUGAUGGCCAAAUUCCAUGCGAUGUCAAUUAUUGUUGAGGAAAAACUAAGUGAAAAAUUAGGAAGAAAAGUAAAAAUAGAUGAAGAAUAUCCUGAGACUGUAGUUGAAACCCUAUUUCAUAAAAAAGGCGAGUACAGAGAAACCCGAGAUCGUUUUGCUCGCAGUAUAUCUGAGUACACUUUGUCAAAGUUUCCUGACCUAUUUAACACCAAGAAUCAUGAGGAUUUGAAGGAACAGAUAAAUAGUGCUUGUAAGAAGCUGUAUAACAUGCAAACAUCUGAUACCAUCAGAAAUGUGCUGAAUCAUGCCGAUAUCUGGGGAGCUAAUAUCAUGUAUAAAGAAGACCAAGCUGGCCAAGCUGCGUCAGUAUUAUUCAUAGACUUCCAAUUCAUCAAGUACUGCCCACCAGCUCAAGAUCUUCUCUUUUUGAUCUACGUCAACUCCGAUGGCCCCACCAGGAGAAAACACAUGACUCACCUCACCGAACUCUACUACAAAGAAAUGACCCAAAUAUUGAACUCUCAAGAUAUCGAUGCUGCUAAUAUCUUCACUUUCGACCAGUUUGUCAAAUCUUGCAAGGAAGUUGAAGCUGCCAUGAUCUGCAAAUGUGUGUUGUACGGUCACUACCUAUUGCUACCGAAGAAGUACAAGGAAGAGAUGAUGGCCGACAAAGAAAGAGCAAGCAAGUUCCUACGUGGAGAUAAAGGAACUGAACUGGAUAAUGUUUGGGACUAUGAACCACUUAGGAAGAGGAUGGGAUGGUUCAUAGAAGAUCUUAUGAGGGUUUGCGAAAAUGAAGAAAUCAAUAAGGCAAUACAGUAAAACAUUAAUAUUGUUUUUAUUUUUUUUGUACCUGUGUAUCCAAACAUCCUCCAAAUAAGGCUUCGAGACACUAUAACAUUUUUUCAUGGCAUUAGCUUGUUGAGAUUAGCAGCAGUACUGUAUAACUUACACAAAAGAUCAUAUUAUUUAUAUACUUCCGUCGCUUCUUAUUGAUAAUAGCAACUAAAUACUAAUUUAUGGUCACGCCACAUGUUUUAGUUUUGCAUGUCUUGAUAUUCUGAAGGUAC